CCGCUGAACAUGAAGUGGUAUGAAAAAAGUAUCACUGAGGCUAUCCAUACUUUAGUAGGUCAACAUGACAAACUAAACUUCAGGAAUGGUCAGAGCUUAUUACUGACAUCGAAAAACACAUCUAUGCUAAUAAACCGAAGGCUAAUUUUUUUGGGAUGACUGAAGAUGAAAUACGCUUGCUGAUAGCCAAUUUUUCAGAAUCAGUGACUCCAGGUAGCAAAUAUCAUGCUAUGCUAGUCAAACUAAAUCAAAUACUUACUAAGAAUUUAUAUAAUUCAGUUGAGCAUUACAUGAUAUUAAAGCAGCCUACAACGAUGCCAAACAUGGAAACUCAUGGAGAAGCUUUCUUGUGGAAACAAUGGGAUCAGGAAUAUUCAGAUCGAUACUUUAAACUAACCCCAAGUGCAUAUCCAAAUAAAUCUGAUUUUAUUACAAUGGAAGCGAAUGAAGCGCUAAUUUCAUUGUUUGAAAAACAUACAGAAUUUCUGAAUAAACUUUCUUCUCGUUAUUUUAAUCAAACAUUUCAUAGCUCUCAUAUACGAAGAAAACUAUGGAGUAUUAUAUUGUUAUCCAGAUGUAAAUCUCAAAGAAUAAAACUUGAACAAAUAAUUCAAAUGUUUUCACCUAAUCAAAAUGAACAUAUUCUGGUAGAAUGUAGAAACUUUUUAAACUCUUGUGUUUCCAUGUCUUCUAUUAAAGAUUCAGUUGGUAUGUCGACAUUAUGACAUCGUCAUUAUUUGUCUUCAUAGUAUUUCU